GCCCUUUGGAAGAGGGGAUGGAGAAAUGAAUGGAGGGGAGAGGAUUCCUGAAAGAAGACAGAAUGAAUGAAAGGGAAGGGUUUGGCUCCAUGGAAACUGGAGAAUAUGAAGAUGACUUUGAAAAGGACCUGGACUGGUUUAUUAAUGAAGAAGAAACACAGCACACUGGCAACACUGAGAUCCCCGGUGAGGCGGAAGAGGAUAUGAAAGUGGAUAUCGACCCAAAAUCGGGAGGGGAGGAGAGAAGCGGAGACUUGGCAGGACGGCACCCACGUCACGACGGAGAACUGAAGGCCGAGCCGUCCCCAAGGAGAGACGACCUCCUCUCCGGGCCGGGCUUUAGCCCUUCGGAUCCCGGAUCCGAUUCGGAAAGCGAAAACUCCUCCCAAGAGUCCAAGCUGGAGAGCGACAACGUCUUGGAUGACGAGGAGGAGGAGGAGGAGGGGGAAGAGGAAGCCAAGCGGUAUAUUUCGGAGAAGGUCAUCCUCGCCAAUAGGCUCCUAGAGAGCGAAGAGCCAGUGGAUGAAAAUCGAGAACGAAAGCUGAAGUUCAAAGAGAAACUGGUCGACCUGGAAGUGCCCCCUGAUCCGGAAGGCCCGGGCCCGGGUACAGAGGAUGCCGAAAUCGAAGGGGAGGUCUCUGGGAAAAUCUCCCAGCUGCACAUUUCAAAUGAAAUCCGCCCCGAAAGCGUACUCCUUUCGUUUACUAACGGCAGCAGCAGCAACGGACUAAAGAACGGACAUGUCCUCGUGGAGCGAUCCGGAAAGUUUGAACUCUUGAAUUUGCAAGAUGUGGAGAGCCAGGGCUUCCUGCCUCCUAUUGGCGUGCCUUUCUCCAGAACGUUUUCUCAGCAGGAAGUCUCCCGCUCUUCCUACCCAACUGCUAGAGGGCCCGGGCGGGUUAGGAAAGACAAACCUUCAAUCCGUCGACGCUUCAACGUUUUCUCGUCCUCGGGAGAGCCGCUGGCUUGUAUCCCUCAGCCCGCGUCCAGUCCCAAGCAUCGCCCAAGCUCCGCGGCCAACACGGUGAGGAGCGGCGGAAACAGGAAAUCUCCUCGCAGGGCCAAAUCGGCCAGCAUCUCCUCUGUCAACUCAACGUACUGUCUUUCACCCCGACAGAAAGAAAGGCAGAGACAGCUAGAACUCCAGAAGGAGGAGCUAAGGAAAGCGGAAGAAGAGCGGAAAAGAGAAGAGGAGGAGAUGAAGAAAAAAGAGAAUGAGUUGGUGUUCAAAGCUUGGCUGCUGAAGAAAAAAGAACAGGUUCUAGAAGAGAAGAGAAUCCAGCGAGCAAAGGAGAUGGAAGACAUGAACAGCAGGCUAGAGAACAGAGAUCCACAGGAAGCUUUCCGGUUAUGGCUUAAAAAAAAGCAGGAAGAACAGAUGAAAGAAAAACAGAUCGAGGACCUGAAACGGCAGGAGGAAUGUUUGUUCUUCCUUAAGGGGGCAGAAAGCCGCGAUAGGGCCUUUAAGCAAUGGUUAAGGAGGAAACGAGUGGAAAAGCAAGCAGAGCAACAGGCCGCCAGAGAGCAAGCCAGACAGCACCGGAUAGAAGCCAGACGAGCGAAACAACUCCAGCACAUCUUAAGCGCUUUUUCGGAAAUGACAGCCUUUCGUUUCACCGACAAACAGAGCUGAAGACCUCAGACCUCUACCCAAUACUUGAGUUAUUUUUCGUGGCAGUGGAUGUCCCUCCUUAAACUUAGAGGCUCUGAGUAAUCUUUUUUUGUAUAUUGAGUAAAAAAUAAAGAUAAUCAUUCAAUAUCCAAAUAUCAGUGA